AUGCCUACAGCAAGACUCAAUGCCUCUUCCUACUUCCCCGUAAUCAAAAGUCUAGACAUCGAGAGUUAUGUCAGUCUGAGGGCUAAGACCGUGACAAUAAGGUAUCCCCGAACCAUAGCCACUCCUCGUCAACAUCUUGUCCGAAGAGCAAACGAAGCUUCGACUUUGGUUGUGAAUGCUAUGGCGUCAGUAGAGGAUAAGCCAACAAAAAUAUAUCCUGGAGAAACUAAGGGGUUUGUGGAGGAGAUGAGGUACGUGGUAAUGAGACUGCACCCGAGAGCUCAUGCAUCUGAAGGGAAAAAAGAUGGUCCUGUAUCACCGUGGAGUUUCACAAUCGAAGGGUACUUGAAGUUUCUCGUGGACAGUAAGCUUGUGUUCGACACGCUUGAAACAAUUGUUCACGAAUCUACUGUCCCAGCUUAUGCCGGGCUAAAAAAUACGGGAUUGGAAAGGGCAGAGAACUUGAGAAGGGAUUUGGAGUGGUUCAAGGAACAAGGUCACGAGAUUCCGGAGCCAAUGGCUUCGGGUAAAACAUAUUCUCAGUAUUUAAAAAAUAUAGCAGAGAAAGAUCAUCCAGCAUUAAUCUGCCACUUCUACAACAUCUACUUUGCUCAUAGCUCCGGUGGUCGAAUGGUUGGGACAAAGGUAUCUGCGAAGAUACUCGACAAUAAAGAACUCGAGUUCUACAAAUGGGACGGCCAGCUUUCCGAGUUGUUGCAGAACGUGGGUCAAGAAUUGAACAAAGUUGCUGAGUUGUGGACGAGAGAAGAGAAGAAUCAUUGUUUGGAAGAGACAGAGACAUCGUUCAAGUUAUAUUGGGAGAUUUUUAAUUACUUGUUGCCCUAAUUUGUGUUGACCUUUCUAAUUAUGUAUGUACAAGUCUCUCUUUUUUCUCUUUGAUUGCUUGAUAAUUUGUGUUGACCUUUCUGAAUACUUCCUUAGUUGUUUCUUUCCCACUCUCACGUUUGUAUGAACUAAACUGAUCCAUCUUUCUAUUAAAGAAUGCAUAUAAAACAAGAAUAAAGGGAGAAAAUAGUUUUUCUUUC